AGUUUAUAGCUAUCUAUCGCGUUCGUAUAUUAUAGGCGCCGCGCGUCAAAAACUUCAUACGGCAGCGGAGCGGACAGCGCGCGAGAUAUAUCCCCCCGAGAUUAUAACACGCGCAUCAUAUGUGUAGUCCAUCUAUCUAUACAUUAUAAAAAGCGUAAAAUCAUCAAAGUGGGAGAUUUAAUAUAUAUAGCCGAGCGCGAGGCGACGAGGAGAGGCCCGGCGCGCCGUUUUUCAGAGGUCACCUUCAACCAGACAGCAGCAGCAGCAGUACAAUACAUCUACAUAGGUGCUCGCUGCUGAUCGAGGAGGAGGCUUUUAAACUUGGUUUUUUGAUAUAACAAGCAUCGUUGGCCCAUCAUCAUCAUCAUGGACGAAGAAGGGGUGGCGCACAGAUUCAUCAAGCCCGGCAGCCACAGGGGCAAGGGACUGGCUGUGUUCACCAGCGGAGGAGACUCUCAGGGUAUGAAUGCAGCUGUCAGAGCAGUGGUACGCAUGGGCAUCUAUCUAGGAUGCAAAGUAUUCUUCAUCAGAGAAGGCUACCAAGGAAUGGUAGACGGUGGAGACAACAUUGUCGAGGCUAAUUGGUCCUCGGUAUCUUGCAUCAUCCAUCGUGGUGGCACAGUGAUCGGCUCCGCGCGAUGCAAAGAAUUCCGAGAGCGCGAGGGCAGAAAGAAGGCGGCCAAAAAUCUCGUCAUGCGCGGUAUAUCGAACCUGGUCGUGAUCGGUGGCGACGGCUCGCUCACCGGUGCCAAUCUUUUCCGCGAGGAAUGGUCCGACCUCUUGAACGAUUUGGUCAAAGACGGUGCUAUCACUCCUGAGCAGCGCGAGAAGUUCCAACAUCUUCACAUCGUCGGUAUGGUCGGCUCGAUCGAUAACGAUUUUUGCGGCACGGACAUGACGAUCGGUACCGACACGGCCCUGCACCGCAUCAUCGAGAGCAUCGACGCCAUCGUCAGCACGGCCUACUCGCAUCAGCGCACCUUCAUUAUGGAGGUCAUGGGCCGUCAUUGCGGCUACCUGGCUCUGGUGGCAGCUAUCUGUAGCGAGGCCGACUAUGUAUUCAUCCCGGAAUGGCCUCCGGAGCAGGACUGGCCAAACAAAGUCUGCAAAAAAUUGAUUCAGGAACGUCUCACCGGACAGCGUCUGAACAUCAUCAUCGUCGCCGAAGGGGCGGUCGACCGUAACGGCGACCCGAUCACGGCCGAGAAGGUCAAGGAAGUCGUCGUGGAAAAACUCCAGCAGGACGCGAGAAUCACCGUCCUCGGCCACGUGCAGAGAGGCGGCAAUCCCUCGGCGUUCGAUCGUGUCCUCGGUUGCCGUAUGGGAGCCGAGGCAGUGAUGGCUCUGGUGGAGGCCAAGCCCAAUACCGAGGCCUGCGUCGUCACCCUGGACGGUAAUCAGGCAGUGCGCCUGCCCCUCAUGGAGUGCGUGAAGCGCACCAAGGCCGUGGCCCAGGCCAUGGCCGACAAAAAUUGGGAUCUGGCCGUACAGCUCCGUGGAAAAGGAUUCGUACGGAAUUUGGAGACGUACAAAAUGUUGACGCGCUUGAAGGCCCCAGCUGAUCCAGCCCUAGGCCAGGCUGGAGGUCAUCCCGUAUUGACCAAGCAAUACACAAUGUGGGGACAAGAUCACUACACCCUGGCCGUGAUGCACGUCGGCUCGCCGUCCUGCGGCAUGAACGCCGCCGUGCGCUCGUUCGUGCGCAACUGCAUCUAUCGCGGCGACAAGGUCUACGGCAUCAUGGACGGCGUGCUCGGCCUGGCCACGGGCAAGCUGAAGCUGAUGGACUGGCCCUCGGUGGCGGGCUGGGUCAGCCAGGGUGGCGCCUAUCUCGGCACCAAACGCGCACCGCCCAAGGACGAGCAGCUGCCCCAGAUCGCGGCCAAGCUCAAGGAGUUCGGCAUACAGGCCCUCCUCAUCAUCGGCGGCUUCGAGGGCUUCCAGACGGGCAUGAGCUUUUACGGGGCGCGCGACAAGUACCCGGAGUUCCGCAUACCCAUCGCCAUGAUCCCGGCGACGAUCAGCAACAACGUGCCCGGCACCGAGUUCUCGCUCGGCUGCGACACGGCUUUGAACGAGAUCACGGAGAUCUGCGACCGCAUUCGUCAGUCGGCCCAGGGCACCAAGCGCCGAGUCUUCAUCAUCGAGACCAUGGGCGGCUACUGCGGCUAUCUGGCGACCCUCGCCGGCUUGGCCGGUGGCGCCGACGCCGCCUACAUCUUCGAGGAGAAGUUCAACAUCAAGGACCUCAACGCCGACAUCAUCGCCAUGGCCGCGAAGAUGUCGGAGGGCGUCCAACGCGGUCUGAUACUGCGCAACGAGAACGCCAAUCUCAACUACAACACCGAGUUCAUGCAGCGGCUGUUCAGCGAGGAGGGCAAGGGUCUGUUCAGCUGUCGCAUGAACAUCAUCGGCCACAUGCAGCAGGGCGGCUCGCCCACGCCCUUCGAUCGUAAUCUCGGCACGAAGAUGGGCUCCAAGGCCGUGGAGUGGUUCACCAACAUACUGAAGCGCGACACGGGCGCCGACGGCAACUGCGUGUCCAACACGCCCGACAGCGCCGUGAUGCUGGGCAUCGUCAGGCGACAGUAUCGCUACACGCCCUUCACCGAUCUCAUCGCGUCCACCGAGUUCGAGCACAGAAUUCCCAAUUACCAAUGGUGGAUGAAGCUGCGCCCGCUGCUCAAGGUAUUGGCGAAGCACGACUCGACGUACGAGGAGGAGGGUCUCUACAUCACCGUCGAGGAAAUGGACAAGAACAACGACGCCCCUCUCGUCUAAGAAGGAGUUAGAGAAAAGUCCAAGAAGCAAAGAAAGAAUCUCUUUUAUGCAUAACUGUAAUCAAUACACACCCCUAUAGCCAGUAUUCAGUUGAUAGAUACAGAAAAAAAAAAAUUAACAUCUGUCGUUUUUAAUUUGUUAAAUUAAUCGUGGAGGGCUGGAAACUCCAUUUUUUAGAAGAAGAAAAAAUAAAUAAAUACCGAUCCAUUAGGUGAAUUUUAUGAUUCGAGGCAUACGUUUAUCGUUGAUCUUUUUUUUUGUUUUUUUUUUGUUUUUUGUUGUUGAGAGAUGUAUACGAAACGAAUCGAUCAAAAGUGUGUGCGAUACAAGUAUAUUAGAAAACUUUUUAAUAACAAUGUUAAAUGUAAAACUUUUCAAGUGUGAUUAACAAAAUGUGUUAUUGUAAAGAAAGAAGAAAGAAAAAAAAUCAUAUAUUUUUAUUAGUAAGCGCAGUUAACUUUUUUGUCGUUAGAAUAUAGGGUGCCAUGCUCCUUUGUAAUUGUAUCGAGUAAUGCUAAUGUAAACGAGACGAUUCAAUUUCAUCAUCGCGAUUGUCGAUGCGAUCGAUGAGAAUCGAUGAGAAAAAAUAUUGUUUCAACCCCCCCCCCCAAUGUACACAAACACACGCAUUAACUUAGUGAAAUUUUAUUAUUUGCCUGCGAGUCAGUCAAAAGAAAAUAAAAGACAAAUUUGUAAAAGUCCGCGUUAAUAAAUUACGUAGUUCAUUGAUUUUUCAUCCAGCGUAGUAGUCUCACUUGCUACGAGAGAGAAAAAAAAGGCCAAACCCUCGUCGUAGAAUAAUAAUAAUACGACGUAGAGAGAAAGAGUAAUCGAUCGCGAUUAUAUCGACUCAUUUCAACGGCUGGUUACCGAGAGAGGCGAUCCGUGAAAAUUGACGUAAAAUUCACGAAGAGUCGUGUGGCGUCGCGAUCUGCAUUACAAUUAGAAAAAUUUUACGCCGCUAAAAAUAAAUUGAAGAUAGUAGUCAAAUUAAAAAAAAAAAAAAGUAUCGAGAUUUUUAUUCCUCGAUAUCGCGCUUAUAUUGUCACUUAAUGAAUAAUCACUGCGGAAUAUGUUCCAUAUAUAAUAAUUGAUAUGCCUGCGUUGAGAGAAUGCGAAGAGAUGUAGAGAGACGAUGAAACAAAGUGAGCUUGAGAGAAAGGAGUUAGUAAAAAUAUAUGAUAAUAAAACGAAGUGUCUCGAGAUGUUUUAACAGCAAAACCAACCGUAAUUGUUGUGUUCAUUGUACCAACACAUACAAUAAAUAAUCGUAAAUAAAGUCUCGAAUAUCAAUUUUUUGAUGAUCAAAUAAAUAUAUGUAAAGAUGUAUUUUCUUAUAACCGAACAUUUUGUGAUAAGAGGCACAAGAGUUUCAAAAACAAACGCUAACGCUUCGGGCUUUUUAUUUUUCCAUCGACGACAAAAUCGACGUCGAUAGAGGAGUAUAUAAUGAAAAAAAAAAAAAAAAAACACAACAACGGAGCUGUUGUGUGUAAUACCAGGUGCAUUACGUAAAAGGUGCAGCUACACAGAGAGAGCCGCGCGCGAUAAUCGCUAUCGCGUGCGCGAUUCCACGCGAUCAAACAAAUACACACACGCCCAGCGGCAUCGGCAGCGUCAAUAUGCAAUUUGAUUCAAUUACACGUAUACGUAUAAAUAAAACAAUUCCAUCGAAACGAGAAAAAAAGACGAAGAAAAGUGCGAUUUAUUCGGUUGCGUGUAAUGACGAAUCUACGAGACGCGUAAUACACGCGGUACACGAGUAAAUGGAUGAUAUUUUUUUGUCGAGAUGAAAAAUUUAGCCUCGUUGUUGGAAAAAAAUGCAAAACACUUAUACAAAUGAAUGAAAAUAUUAUAAAUUAAAAAAAAAAAAAAUAUGUUGAAUAUCGUAUCGUGCUAUAUGACUACAUUGAUAAUUAAAUAAAAAUUAUAUCUUGUAAGAACA